ACACAAUGACAGAUAAUAUUUGACAAGUGAUAUGACAGGGGAAAUUAUUUAUUUUCAUUUCGAAUAAAGUUUAAAAAUUAUAAAAUGUUACAACGACUGCUUGUAAAUUUUAACGUUAGAAUAUCUAGUAGGCGUACACAUGUAUUGUUUGGUCUACCUAUUGCCAAGCAUUCGUGUCAUCACUGCGGUCACAGGUUAUAUUUCUCUCACAAGGCCCCAGUCUUUAGGAAUUAUUACGAAAGGGCUUCGCACAGUAGAAAUGGUUUAUUUAAUACGAAAACGAGGUAUUAUUCGAGCCAAGUGGAAGUUAAAACUAAGACCGAACCUAUUGAAACGUCGAAAGUAAAUUCUGCGAUUACUGGGUCUAAGAAAAUAAAUGUAAAAUUAAAGUCUUCGGAAUUGAAGCGAUUAUUUGGAUUAGCAGCUCCGGAAAAAUGGACUCUGACUGGUGCUAUUGGAUUACUUAUCAUAUCAUCAAGUGUGACCAUGGCCAUCCCAUUCUCGCUGGGCAAAGUCUUAGAUAUAAUCUACAGCAGUACAAAUGACCUGGCAGGAGCGAGAGAGAAACUCGACACACUCUGUUUGAUGCUCUGUGGAGUAUUCCUUAUUGGAGGCUUAUGUAACUUUGGAAGAGUGUAUCUUAUGUCAAUAUCAGGCCAAAGAAUGACACAAGGUCUCCGCAAACAAGUUUACAACGCGAUAUUGCAGCAAGAACCCGCAUGGUUCGGUAAAACGUCAACUGGUGAGCUUGUGAACAGGCUGUCGGCUGACACUCAGUUGGUUGGCCGCAACCUUAGCCAGAAUGUCAGUGAUGGCCUGAGAUCAUUGUUUAUGGUUGGAGCGGGGACUGGCAUGAUGAUCUAUAUGUCCCCAUCGCUGGCGAUGGUCGGUCUAUGCGUGGUGCCGCCCGUGUCGGUGCUGGCCGUCAUAUACGGCCGCUUCGUGAGGAAUAUCACAAGGCAACUGCAGGACAGUUUAGCUGAGACUAGUGAGCUCGCCGAAGAGAAGAUAUCGAACAUAAAAACAGUGAAAGCGUUCAGCAAAGAGCAGGCGGAAGGCGAAGCAUACGCGAAGAGGAUAGAAAAGCUUCUACAGCUGGCUUACAAGGAGUCGCUCGCCGUCGGCACUUUUUAUGGACUGACCGGUCUUUCUGGCAACGUGAUAAUCAUCCUAGUGUUAUACUACGGCGGCGGUAUGGUUGCCACGGAACAGUUGACGGUCGGCAACCUAACCUCCUUCCUGCUAUACGCGGCGUACGUCGGCAUCAGCAUAGGGGGGUUGAGCAGUUUCUACACGGAGCUGAAUAAGGGCAUGGGAGCUGCCACUAGACUGUGGGACAUUAUUGAUCGGGAGCCUGCAAUACCUACCUCAGGAGGCCUAAGGCCCAAAGAGCGUCCAAAAGGCGAGAUAAUCCUAGAGAACGUAAAGUUCGACUACCAAGGCGCGCCGCUACUUAAAGGCCUAAAUCUACACUUGCACCCAGGACGGUCUUUAGCCCUAGUCGGUCGGUCAGGGUGCGGGAAAAGCACUGUAGCAUCACUUAUAUUGAGGCUUUACGAUCCUGUGGAAGGCAGGAUAUUGCUAGAUGGAGUGGAUAUUAGGGAGUUGGAUCCCGUGUGGUUAAGGAGCCAUAUUGGCUACGUUAGUCAGGAGCCUGUGUUAUUUAGUGGAUCAAUAAAGGAUAAUAUUUUAUACGGGUCAUUAGACGAAUUAGAAGACUCCGAACAACUGAAUGAAACAGAUAAAGACAAGAAAAUUCCAGCGUGGCUAGCGGCAGCGCGGACAGCACACUUACACGAGCUAGUUCGCGGCGGCGCCGGCAACGGGUGGUCGCGCAGUGUGGGUGCGCGCGGCGGACAGCUCAGCGGCGGACAGAAGCAACGCGUCGCCAUAGCACGUGCCAUUGUCAAGAACCCAAAAAUCCUCAUCCUAGACGAAGCUACCUCAGCGUUAGAUGCGUUUUCCGAAUACCUAGUCGAUAAAGCACUAAAAAACAUAAGUAAAGACCGUACCAUGCUCACGAUAGCUCACAGAUUGAGCACGAUACAGUCAGCCGACGAAGUAGCGGUUCUCGACGGCGGGGUGAUUGUCGAAAAGGGGCCUUAUGCAGAACUCAUGGCCAAACAGGAUGGCGUUUUCAGAGAAAUCAUCACGCAUCAGCGAUUAUCGAAAAAGCCACAAGAAGCGAAAAAUGUUAAUGGUGCAGUCACAAAUAUCAGUGGCAAUAUCAUAUAAGUUGUGUAUUUAAAUUACGAAAUUGAAUGUGAUAAAUACCAGAUUAUUUUUUAUUCCAAUUUAGUUUUACACUGU